AUGGCGAGUCUUAAAACAAACAAGACAAUGACACUAUCAGGUUCAGAAGUUGAAGAUUAUCAAGACAUUUUAUCUGAAUCUGCGGCAAAUGUUAUCUCAGAAGUUCUAAUUGGCUCUAUCGAGACUUUGAGCGUCUUUGGAAUCUGUAUCAACGUGAUCAACCUUAUGAUAUUCUACCAACAGGGUUUCAAGUCUGCCACAAACAUCGCCCUGUUCGCUCUCUCUUUUGCAGACAUGUUUAACCUCGUGAUUGUGGAAGUGGGGCUGCUGUUUUACAAUCCUUUCAUCGUCCGUUCUUUCCCCUACCCGGUAGAUUGCACUGAACUCGCCAAUCUGGCGGCCACACCGCACCCCGCCUUAGCUCGGUUCAGGUCAUGGAUCUAUGUGUUCUUGACCGCAGAAAGAUGUAUUUGUAUAUUCGUGCCUUUAACAGUCAAACGAUUGGUCACGCCGGCCAGGGCUGGGGCUGUAAUGGUGGCUAUCUACGUGCUGAACGUGUCCGUCGCUGUUCCGUUCUGGCUGGACAUGUACGUAGACUGGAAGUACUACCCCAACUUAAACCAGACGAUGCUAGGAGUUAUGUUUCGGUAUGACAGGACCUACAUCCGAGGGCCAGUGCACGUCACUUUCGCCGUCAUCAUGUUCACAACGUUCCCAUUGGUGGUUCUCUUUACAGCUGUGCUCAUAUGGAAACUCCAAAGGAUGUCGCUUUGGAGGAAGGAGUCCACCACGGCUGACCGAUCCGACUUUUUGGCCAAGAGAGACAGAGCGGUCAUCAAGAUGGUGGUUAUUAUCGCGUUGGUUUGA